CUUCUCCUCCUUCCAACCCCCCAGAACACGCGCGGUUAAUCCACUUCCGAUACUUCCCAUCGAGGCCGACACUUCGACUUUAGGCGCAGGUUCCCUGCUAGUAAGCUUUCAAUCGAAACCACCAGGCAUGUCCGCGUCACUCUUCACCAUCAGUUCGAGUGAGGCGUCGAAACUCGUUCGAAAUCAGCGAAAGAGAGAUGACGACAGAUUCUGCUUCCUUCUCCAAGUGUCGUUUCAAUCGGUGUACAGCGACUCGCCGAUUCCUAACACGUGUAUGAAGAAAAUCCCCAGACUUUUGAAUGGCAUUCCACUUGGACCCGGCGUGAUGGCGCGUGAUCAAUUGGACAGCAUACGGUGGCGCUAUAUAGAAGGGGGAACCAAGCUGCACACAUUUAUCUCGGUUCCGAUGUUCGAAGAGGAGGCGGAGGAGAGCAAACGGUCGCUCAGAGACAGUCUCAUGAGGCAGUCUCAAGCGGUGUUCGGUGAUAUCACCGUCAAGGCGUCUGUGAUACUGUCUCACUGCAUCAACUAUGAUGACGACAUCAUCCUCAACGACAUUGCCGUGCCUUUAGAAGAGGGUCUUCACUUCCGGGACUAGAUGGAAUACUUACGCUGAUUCUAAAAGGAAGCGGACCGCGCGCUCCAGUCUAAAGGAGGGCAGAGCCGUCCACUCAUGGACAACUAGCUUGUGCAAUGAAUAGAGUCGUUUGUUUGGCGCUUAUUAAGCUUGCUAAUUUAUACCUUGUAUGUUAAGGUUAAUGUUUCGGCUAUUGUUUCGGUUAUGGUGAUUUUUUUAACCAAACAUUUUAUAGUUUCUUUUAUUAAGAUGAAUCAUAGAUUCAUUUAAUAAAGUGAUGAAAAUAUAUUUAUGUAAGGGUAAGGCAGACUUACUCUUGAGUAAGUUCCAUUUAUAUAUAUGUAUAUAUGUAUUUACAUUUAUAUUUAGCAAUUGUUAUUUUAUUUUUUGUUCAUUUUGUUUCGACUGCAUGAAUCGUUGAUAAACUAUUUUAGGAUUCCCAUGUUACAUUAAUGGGUUGUUCCAAAUACGUUUUUACCCAAAACAUGCAUUAUGUUUCCUUGAAAUCAAGCAAGAAGGUGCAUUAAAGGUCUCAGUGGUGUAGUGGAUAUUGUUUCCGCCUAGCGAUCGGGAGGUCACGCGUUCGAUGCCCACUGUGGGAGCGUUCCUUAGAUUUCUUCUAUAGACACAUAAGUUCUGGUUCUAGUCCCAGGAAACGGACUCGAGAGCGUUUCAAAUAAGCCUAGAUAAGGCUUUCUAUGCAAUCGACCUAAAAUAAAUAGGUUUAAACUAAAUCAACCAAGAGCGCCACCUGGCGCACUGUUUCAGAAGUUGGAAAUUGUUUUAGCAACAAUUUUUCUCCUCUUAACUAAGAUAGUUUGUCUCUAAAGUUUCGAACUAAAUAUUAUGUACUAUUAUCUGUACGUGUGUUUUAUUAUCAAGC